AUUUCUUUUCAAAGAGCACAUUAAACUUUACUUUUAUGGAGAUAUACAGAACUGUUCACAUCAGAGCGAACCAAAACAUGGAUAUUAGAGGUCAAUUUGCUCUCCAAGUACAAGAAAAUUUGUCUGCAAGCCACUUCUCAAUUGGUGGACAGGGAUUGUUGUUCUCUCGAUGUCGAUUUACCUGGCAAAGUUCCUGGUUUGGGCUUUUGCUUCAGAUCAAGCUUGGAGCCUCCUCCCUCGUCGCCCUUCUCCCACCCCUUCCCCUUCAUCCAGAUCUCGAACCCUCGUCUGGCGCCUCCGGAGAACGGAGAGGAGAUCCUCGACGGAGAUGGGAGGUGGAUUCACGUGGGGGAUCCUCCUCGCCCACGCCGGCUAUGCCACCAGUCAUUAUAGAGCGAUGCUAAAGAUCGUGGAGGAGUUCGCGAGUCCUCCUAUGAAUUGAAUCUUGAAUGGCCGAAGGAAGAGAAUUGAGAAUAAAUUACACGAGAAAAGACUCAUCAACAUUCAUGCCAUAUUGAGGAUGUGAUCCUGAAUUCCUUGAGUGCUAUCAUACUGAGCCGUAGUCAGUUCUUUCAUUAAUGUGUCAGCCAAUGACUUAUCAGUAGAUUUAAAUCUGUCUUCAAUAAUCUUUAAAUAUUUUUUUGUGUUGGUUGCAAUCGGUAAUGAAGUCUUUUAUGUUAUUUGCAAUUGUCAUUCUUAUGAAUAUUAAACUAAGUCUAUCAGAUCUUUCUUAAGCCUUCAUUUCAUUAACUUAUUCUAUAGUACUUUUAUCAGUUAAGUUUGUAGGUUUUUCAACAAGUAAUGCUAAAUCAAGAUCUAAUACACCCAGUGUGAAUUGCACAUGCUCUAACCAUUCUGAAUAAUUUGAUUUAAAGAGUAUAGAGACACUAGAAGUAUAUGAAUGUAUAUGUGGAAGUACCACUGCAAAAAUAUAGAAUAACAUUAAUACUUUGAGUUUGUCAAAAAUUAAUGAACUAUUGAUAUCAUCUAUAUUAUACAUUUCGGUGAAAUAUUGACAUAUCUAGUGUUCACUCAAGAAUAUUUAUGGAUGAUUGAUACUAUCCGUAUGAAAUAGUAUUGUUACCUUUGGGUAUACAACCCUAAAAUGCAAGGAUAUUUAAAACAGUAUCAUCCUACACAAUCACAUAAUUAUUUGAAUUAGAUUAUCCUUUGGGAUUAUCUAAAUCUCUUAAUUAUAUGUGCCAUUAUGAAUAUUAUUUUUUUAAUGUCAUUUAGGACUAAUUCUUUAAUAUUAUUUUAUAAGUCAUUAGUCCAGACCACUUUGGUGGCUAUAAGACUAAUGUAAUAAUAUAAAAUAAAAUAUAAAAUAUCCUAUAAAUGAUAAAACUUUUAUUGUAAUUCAUAUCACAAAAGUCUAUCAUCGUAGGCUAUUUUGGCAGCUACUAGUCAGAUAAAAUUUAGGGAGAUGAAUUACAAAUAAUAUUCAUCAAAUUUCUUUAAUUUU